AUGUGUAAUCGUGGUCAACCAUGUGAUGUUUGCAUUUCUCGAAAUGUUCCGGACAAGUGCUCCUAUUCUAACCCAUCAUCACUCGAUGAUCUCUCAAAGAAUGGGGGACAAUCAAACAAACGUACAAGAGACGAGGAAAUCAUAUUGAAGUCAGGCUCAACGCCAUCCGAUCUUUUUGCUCAAGUAGGAUAUGCUUCUCAUAACAGCUCGUUUACUGGGUUACAAAAGUCGUUUCAUGCUAAUGAUGACCUUUCCACAUUCAUGGGAACACCUACGUCAAAUUCAUUAUCUCAUCCUGGUUUACGACAUAAACUUUUGAGUUUAGUUAUACAAAUACCAUCUCAGUCUAUUAUCUCCGAGCUUGUCGACUUAUUCUUCUCAGAAUUACAUUGGUAUCUCAAAGUUAUAGAAGAGCAUUAUUUUCGGGAUCUUCUCCAGUCAUGGCAAGAUAUUCGUAAUACAUUAAGUGGGCAAUCGGAUCUUGGAAGUAUCUCUAAAGAUCUUCUAUAUUUUCCUGCAUUAUUACUCCAAACUCUUGCUGUUUCUUUACAAUUCUUACCUCCAAACACAGAAGCAUCAAAAACACUUCAAUUAAAGACGUUAUUGGAUUGUGAUAGACUUUCUCAUGAGUAUAGUAAAGCUGGUAUGGAGAUAAUGUCUCUUUUGGGAAGACACUCUUCCACCAUAACAGGCGUCGAACAUGAUUUGUUAAAAUCUGGUUGGCUUAAGAAUUAUAGUCGAGGCACAGAAGCGUGGCAUCUAUUGGGUAGUGCAAUCAGGCAGGCCCAAGAUUUAGGACUUCAUUUGCAAGCUUCGAUUCCUAAAGCUGCGGGAGAGGACGUUGGGAUUGGACUGGAGAAACUUUGGUAUGACGAAUAUAAAAGGAGGCUUUGGGUAACGCUCUUCACUUGGGACAGCCAUAUGUCUGUAAUGCUCGGAAGACCUCGCUCAAUCAAUGCAAGUGAUUGUACAAUCAAAACACCGCUUGAUUGUUCAUUCCCUAUUGACCCGUCAAAAACCAUACCUACCCCAGCAAGUUUACAGGAUCCUCACUCUCCACCAUCCACUUAUUCGGCUCAACUGUUUCAUUAUUCUUUAGCGCAAAUGAUUCAUGAACUGUUAGCAGCUGGUGCUCAUAGACCUCAUAUAAAAGACUACUCAUUCAUCACAAAUCUUCAUAACAAGAUCGUUUCCAUAGUUAGCGCUCUACCGCCUUGUUUACGACCAGAAACCCCAGAUAAAUCAUGGGACAUGAAAGAACCAAGACUUCCUCGCCAAAGAUUGAUGAUAGCGACUUCAGCGCAUUCAUUUCUUAUGGCACUUCAUAAACCUCAUGCACCAAUCCAUCCUACAAGUCUAACUGCAUGCAUAAAAGCUGCAUUAGACUGUCUUGAUGCUCAGGAUCAAUUUUUUAAAGCAAUGAAACCAAAUCAAUAUCGAAUUUACUCCCUGGCAUUCAAUACUAUUGAUUGUGGAAUAGUUUUAUCUGGGAUAGUAUUGGAGUCACCAAAUCUAGAGAGUAAUCUAAAGGAAAGAAUAAAACAUGCAAUCGAGAAAUCGAUAAAAAGGUUGAGAUUAAUGGAGGAAAGAAGCCCCAUGGCAAAAUCAGGUCUACAAAUUCUCACCAUUUGUCAGGAGAGGAUCUUGGACCGUGAUGAGAAUGUCGAUGGGAUAGCCAAAAGUUCACAGUCAUUGGACCAGAAAGAUGGGAGUAAGAGCGUCGCCGAGGAGGAGGACAAUGCGGCUACUCAGGAAGUUAUGGAUCCAGCGCAGGUCACAAAUGGCUUUGAACUUCCUCAACCACAACCACUGAUUACAAAUGGCUCUUCUGUUAACCCCAUUGUGGGCUUUAACAAUAUCGAAAUGGAUACGUCGUUUUGGGAGGAGAUGACACAGAUGAUUGACUUUGACAUUGGCGUAAGUAUGGAAGAGGAUUUAUGGAACCCGAACUACUCGUUUCCGGAGUUGAAUAUGAAUUCUGAUAGCGUAAUCUUGCCGGGGGUGUGGUAUCAAGGGGGUGGGUGA